AACGGGGCAAGAAGAAGACUAAGGAGGAGAUGGUCGAGAGCAAGCCCAAGCCUGCACCAGUCCAGAAGCCACCUCCACUCACAGCAGAACAGAGGAUGAAGCAAACACCCAUAGAGAGGGUCGUCUAUGACAUGGCCCACAACGAGAGAGUGGUGAACGACCUCAUUCUGGGACGGAGGAUAUCCUUCUAUGAGCUUCGAGGGGAAGUGGGAGCCGGGAAUUUUUCCUACGUCAAAUUAGGGAUUCAUGCCCUAACAAAGGAAAGGGUAGCCGUCAAGAUCCUCGACAGGAGCCGCCUGGACAAGAAGUCACAGACCCUGUUUGCCUCGGAGAUCCAGUGCAUGGAGAAGCUGUCCCACCCCAACAUCGUGCGCCUCUACGAGGUGCUGGAGACGAGCAAGCGCAUGUACUUGGCCAUGGAGUAUGGAAGCGGUGGGGACCUAUACUCACGCAUCAGCAGCAGGGGGCGCCUGCCGGACCUGGAGAGCAAGCUGGUGUUUGCACAGAUCAUUUCGGCCAUCAAGUACAUGCAUGAGAACAACAUUGUGCACAGGGAUUUGAAAGCAGAAAACAUCUUCUACACCACAAGUUACUGCAUCAAAGUGGGCGACUUUGGCUUCAGCACCGUGACCAGCCCCACCGAGACCCUGACCACGUUCUGUGGCUCGCCGCCAUACGCAGCCCCGGAGCUCUUCAAGGAGAAAGGCUACAUCGGCCAAUACGUGGACAUAUGGGCCCUGGGCAUCCUGCUGUACUUCAUGGUGACGUCGAACACGCCCUUCGCCGCCGACAACCUCGGCCGCCUGAAGCGAUUAAUCUUGCACGGCGCUUAUGCCAUCCCACCCCACGUGCCUGAUCCCUGUCAGCUGGUCAUCAAGGGGAUGCUGCGGCAGGUCCCCAACGACCGCUCCUCCAUCUCCCAGAUCAUCAGCAGCAGCUGGCUGAGCGGGAUUGAGUACCCGAAGCCGUUUCCCUCGGCGAGUCUGACGCCGGCGCACCUGGUGGACGCGAACAGCACGCUGACGGUGGAGGAGAAGGAGGUGAAAACGGCCCUGAGCGAGCUGGGCGUCACCGCGGCCCACCUGCAGAACAACAACUGCGCGGACUCUCACAGCCCCAUCACGGGAACCUACCGCAUCCUGACGCACCGCAUACAAAAGAGGAGGUCUGUGGAAGCAGUGGGCUACACCUCUUUGAAUCCAGAGGAAUUCCAAGCCAAAAACUCUUGGGUUGAUUCGGCACUGAAGCAUAAUCCAUCUGCUGUCUGUGUUAUCCUGUAG